GGCCCGCUCCGCUUCGCCACGCUCCGCGACGAACCGCGGCCGUCCGCGUAUCGAUCCCGACCCGACAUGCGACCGGCCCCGGACCGGUGCCCGCGAAAACUGUGAAGUGAGUUCUGUGCGCGCUCGGACGAGCUAAACUAUAUUGUAGUGAAAAAUGACCUCUCAAUUCGCUUUCCGUGGAUCUCCCCCUAACCAGAGCACCAUAUCGACAGCCUCCAACAGUCCGCCGCCGACGCAAGGGAUGAGCAGUGCCACCGCCGCCCGGCCUGGCUCACCCGCGGCCUCGACCGCUCGGUGCUGCGACACCGGCCGACCUAUAUUCCAGGACCCCAUAACUGGGCAGACGGUCUGCUCGUGCCAGUACGAGUUUCUCAACUACCAGCGGCUGGCGUCCGGGGUGCCGCUGUCGAUGUACAGCGCGCCGUACCCGGACGCGGCCGCUGCGGCGGGCAUGGCGGCUUACUUCCCCGCGCUCGCAGCCGACCAGCCUCCGUUUUACGCCAACACGGCUGCCGGUAUCGAGCUGAAAGAGAACCUGGCUGCCAGCGCAGCGAGUUGGCCCUACCCCACAGUCUACCACCCCUACGAUGCGGCCUUUGCCGGCUACCCCUUUAAUGGAUAUGGAAUGGAUUUGAAUGGCGCAAGAAGAAAAAAUGCUACCAGAGAAACGACUAGUACACUCAAAGCAUGGCUCAACGAGCACAAGAAGAACCCUUACCCCACUAAAGGGGAGAAGAUAAUGCUGGCCAUCAUCACCAAGAUGACGCUGACGCAGGUGUCCACUUGGUUUGCGAACGCGCGUCGGCGCCUUAAGAAGGAGAACAAGAUGACUUGGGAGCCGAGGAACAGGGUCGAUGAUGAUGAUAACAAUAAUGAUGAUGAUGAUCAUAAAAGCAAUGACGGAAAGGAUGUUUUGGAUGGCAAAGACUCCGGGACCGGUUCGAGCGAGGACGGCGAGCGACCGCAGCAGAGGUUAGAUCUACUGGGGCAGCGAACAGAAUCAGAAUGGUCGGAGUCGCGAGCGGAUAGUGGCCCAGAAUCACCAGAGCCACCGUACGAGCGGCCCAUUCACCCUGCGUAUCAGCAUCUGCCUUCACGCGCUCCACCCGGUAGCACUCCUGCUUCCGCGAAGCCCAGAAUAUGGUCCUUAGCUGAUAUGGCCAGCAAGGAUGGCGAGGCUCCAGCUCCGCCCGUGGCUGCUUCCGCGUUCUACCAAUCAGCAGCGGCGGCUGCAGCGGCUGCCCGACUUGCACAUCCCUACGGCCGACCAGACUUGUAUCGGGGCUUGUAUCCGCCAACACAUCCGGCAGACGUCGCGCUGCUGGAGUACUCCCGCUCUCUAGCUCUUGCGGCCCCCGCACCCGCACCUCCCGCACUGUCCCCGUCCUCCUCGUCUACCUCGUCCCUUGCAGAGCCGCCGCCCCCGUCUCGCGCCUGACCUGCCCUCCGCCCGCCCCUGGCGCAUCGACAAUAAUCACGAUCUCGGCUGAACGCCGUAACCGCUUCGGCUGUUACCAUCCGAUGCUUGGUUGGCGCCUAUUACCUUGAGAUCUCUAGGAUAUUUAGUAAUAUGUUACUUCACGUAUACAUCUUUAACAAGAGCUGUUUAAUAUGACGCAACAAAUUGCA